AAUAUAUUGCUAGCUUUUAUCACGAAAGAAUAAAAAAAUGAAAAAAAAUAAAAAAAUAAAUAAAGUAAUUUCUUAAGAUUACGGCUUUAAAAAUGUCUUCAUUUGAUAAUCUAUAGGGUUGAUUUAUUCCCUUUAAUGCUUUGUUCCUUCAAACUUUUAUUUUAGUUUUUCAUUAUUUAGAAAUCUCUAUGGUAACGGAUAGUUUUGUCAUGAAGUUUAAUGUCUCGUUGAAUUGAUUUGCAUAUGUGAUUGUUAAAAACUUUUUUUCAAAGGUCAAUAGCCUUUGAAUUGCGAGUUUUGAAGUUUUCUCUCAAAAUUAAGAGAUAAAACACAUCUACUCGUAUUUGAUAAUCUAGAUGUUACUGUUUCUCAUAAUUUUGGAAACAAUUGAAUCAUGCAAUUUUGUCAAUUUUUUGAAAGUUUGAAAAUAAUUCUUCAGAAUAUUACGUUCGAUAAUUAGAAUUAUUGGUAGAAUUUACGUAUAAAAAAAGAUUAACAGUUAUUAUUCUUUAAAAGAUUACGAAACUCUUAAAUAUCGAUUGAUUAAUGCUUAUUUUUUAAAAAAAAAUAGAGGUUUAUGUUACUUCACGCAUGGUUAGAAAUUGUAGUUGUUAUAAAUCACUGAAAUGAAACAUCAAUAAAAGGAAGCGCACUUUAAGUUUUUAGCCCUAAUAUUUUCCCUACGGUAUUAGUUUUUCCCUAAAAGAAGAAAACAUCUGCCAUACCAAUAUUUCAACAAAAAUAUUAGAUAUUCCUUGAGUAUGAAAAUUGCAUCUUCAUUUGUGCGCUCGCUGCUCGUCGAAUACUUUAUUGGGAUUGUCACGGGAUUUGAACAAGAUGAUUGCCCUAAUUACAGAUUUACGAAAGAUCUUAAGCUGUUUUGUUAAAAAAGGUAUGGCGAGCGGAUCAGGUGCUGGGGACCAGGAGGAGUUUGGGGUGACGGUGGACGAACUCCGAGACCUCAUGGAGAGCAGAGGUUACGAGGCCGUUCAAAGAAUACAAGACGAACACUCGGGUGUCCACAACCUCUGCAGAAAGUUACACACCUCUCCCACAGAUGGUCUGAGUGGAUCUGCAGGAGACUUGGCUCGCCGGAAGGAAGUGUUUGGUGCCAAUAUGAUUCCCCCGAAACCCCCAAAGACGUUCUUGCAGCUGGUGUGGGAGGCUCUGCAAGACGUUACACUCAUCAUCCUACAGGUGGCGGCAAUUGUUUCCUUAGGUCUCGCCUUUUACGAAUCAUCAUCCGAAGAAACACCAGCGGAAGGACAUGACGAAGGAGAGAGCGAGGCUGGUUGGAUCGAGGGUGUUGCCAUCCUAGUGUCGGUGAUAAUCGUGGUGCUGGUGACGGCCUUUAAUGACUACACCAAAGAAAGGCAGUUCAGGGGGCUCCAGAACCGCAUCGAAACCGAGCACAAAUUUUCUGUGAUAAGAGGGGGAGAGGUCAUGCAAAUCUCUGUCAGCGACAUUGUAGUCGGUGAUAUAUGCCAAGUCAAAUAUGGUGAUCUCUUACCCGCGGAUGGUUCCAUCAUCCAAAGCAAUGAUCUAAAAGUAGAUGAAAGUUCGUUAACGGGUGAAUCAGAUCACGUGAAGAAGGGAGAAGACUUUGACCCCAUGAUGCUCUCAGGUACGCAUGUGAUGGAAGGGAGUGGGAAGAUGGUGGUCACGGCAGUAGGGGUCAACUCCCAAGCUGGUAUCAUCUUUACACUGUUAGGAGCAGCCAAAGAAGAACAAGCAGCACCAUCAAAGCCAAAUCCUAAAGCUGGAGAUGGAGAAGCUAACAUUCCGAAUGAUACUGCGCCUCAUGAAGGAGAAGCUGAAGCUCCUAAAAGAAGCGCAGAGGACAGCAAUCCUCAUAAAGAAAAAUCCGUGCUGCAAGCCAAAUUAACCAAGUUAGCCAUUCAAAUUGGAUAUGCAGGUUCGACGAUCGCGGCAUUAACCGUGGUAAUCCUGAUGAUUCGUUUCGCCAUCACGACAUUUGUAGUGAAUGAAAACACGUGGAAGGCGGAGCAUUCUCAGUUGCUGGUCAAGUUCCUGAUCAUCGGUGUUACGGUGCUAGUAGUCGCCGUGCCCGAGGGACUUCCCCUCGCCGUCACCCUUGCCCUAGCCUACUCCGUCAAGAAAAUGAUGAAAGAUAACAAUCUUGUGCGGCAUCUUGACGCAUGUGAAACUAUGGGUAACGCUACUGCCAUCUGUUCCGAUAAGACAGGAACUCUUACAACCAAUAGGAUGACAGUGGUAGAAGCUUUCAUUAGUAGUGAGUACAUUUGCAUUAUUACUUAAUUUUACAUGGAUUUCAUUUUUUCUAUGACUUUAAGCCAUAAUUCGUUCGUCACUGAAGAUAUUUUUCCUCCUGACAAUCCUGGUGAGCUGCCGAAGCAAGUAGGCAACAAGACAGAAUGCGCACUCCUGGGGUUUGUGCUUGAUCUGGGCAAAGACUAUCAGGCUGUGCGGGACAUUAUGCCCGAAGAGAAACUUCACAAAGUGUACACUUUCAAUUCCGUCAGAAAAUCCAUGAGUACUGUGAUACGUCUGCCCAAUGGUGGUUUCCGGAUAUUCACCAAAGGAGCAUCAGAAAUAGUUCUUCAAAAGUGUACAUUUAUCUUUGGCGCUAAUGGUCAGUUGGAAAGGUUCUCGUCUGCUGACGCGGAUCGGCUGGUAACAAAUGUGAUCGAACCGAUGGCUUGCUAUGGUUUGCGCACUAUCGGCAUCGCCUAUAAAGACUUUGUCUGCAGCGAUGAAGCUCAUAUUAAUCAAGAGAAAUGCAAUGGUGAACCAAAUUGGGACGAUGAACAGUUCAUUGUCCAAAAUUUAACUGCAGUUUGUAUAGUGGGAAUCGAAGAUCCUGUAAGGCCGGAGGUACCGGAAGCCAUCAAACAAUGUCAAAAAGCGGGUAUUACUGUUCGAAUGGUGACGGGUGAUAACAUCAAUACUGCCCGAUCCAUUAGCCAAAAAUGCGGCAUCAUCAGGCCACAGGAUGACUUCCUUGUUUUAGAAGGAAAAGAAUUCAACGCUAGAAUACGAGAUGCCAACGGAGAAGUACAACAAAAUCUAUUAGAUAAAGUGUGGCCUCGUCUUCGAGUCUUGGCUCGAAGUUCUCCAACUGAUAAGUACACACUGGUGAAAGGUAUUAUUGACAGCAAACUUCACGCCAACAGGGAAGUUGUAGCAGUCACCGGUGAUGGUACAAACGAUGGACCUGCAUUGAAAAAGGCGGAUGUUGGGUUCGCUAUGGGUAUUGCAGGAACAGAUGUCGCCAAAGAAGCCUCCGAUAUCAUUUUAACAGAUGACAAUUUUACAAGUAUAGUUAAAGCUGUGAUGUGGGGGAGGAAUGUUUAUGAUAGUAUAGCCAAAUUUCUUCAAUUUCAACUCACUGUCAAUGUAGUCGCCGUCAUCGUAGCCUUUGUGGGGGCAUGUGCUAUAGAAGACAGUCCACUGAAAGCAGUUCAAAUGUUAUGGGUAAAUCUCAUCAUGGAUACGUUAGCGUCUUUAGCGUUAGCGACAGAGAUGCCUACCUCAGCCCUAUUACUGAGGAAGCCUUAUGGUCGAACGAAACCUCUCAUUUCCAGAACCAUGAUGAAGAACAUCAUUGGGCAUGCCAUAUAUCAACUUAUAAUCGUUUUCACAUUACUUUUCGUAGGGCACCAAAUCUUCGACAUCGACUCAGGCAUGUACGCGCCUUUACAUUCUCCGCCUUCCCAGCAUUUCACCAUCAUUUUCAACACUUUCGUCAUGAUGACCCUCUUUAACGAGAUAAACGCCCGAAAAAUUCACGGAGAAAGGAACAUCUUUGAGGGCCUUCUCACAAACCCCGUUUUUUACAGCAUACUUGUAGUCACAGCUGCCUCACAGGUGGUGAUUGUCCAGUUCGGGGGACGGGCAUUUUCAACCGCUCCACUUUCACUGGAUCAGUGGCUUUGGUGCUUAUUUUUUGGUGCCGGGGUGCUGGUGUGGGGCCAGUGCAUCACUACCAUCCCCACUAAGAAGAUCCCCAAGACGUUCACGUGGGGUUCGGGCAACCCAGAAGACUUGGAUGCCGGAGGGUCCCUGACGGAAGACACAUCAAGAGGAUCCAUAUCUCAGGAAGUAAAGAGGACAGGACAGAUUCUGUGGAUAAGGGGGCUAACGCGCCUUCAAACUCAGGUGAUUGGCGGGGAGCUGCAAGACAGGUUGAUACCAGUUCCCUAUAGUAAAGCCGCUACUGAUGAAGCGAUUCGUGUGGUGAGUGCGUUCCGAAGCGGCAUGGACUCCCGCAAGAACUCGACUGCAGACGCAAGCGGUGCCCUCGGUCGCUCAGCGAGCAAACGCGUACCCCUGCUGCAUCCGAACGCUACUGCUUCCACUAGCGCUGACGUUAUCAAGGACGCCACGACCAGUAACGACAAGAAAAAUUCCGCUCACAACGAAACGCCUGUUUGAAUACUCAUUACUUAAACAAACAAAUAAAAGAAGAAAAAUCAUAAAUUAAAUAUGAAGAAAUGCCACCUUUUCAUCUCUUAUCUUCUCUCUUUUCCUUAUCUCUCAAAUCUCUUUCUAAUCUCUUUCCUCUCGCUUAAAGAGAGGAAAAGGUAAAAAAAAAAUAAAUAAAAAAAAAUCUUGAUUUUUCCUGGCUGUUACACAUCAUAGUAAACUAGAAGAAAACACUACUUAUCUAGCGAGCGAGCCAUGAUGGGAAAAGCCAUGGUUCGAUUCAGCUGGCUGGCAUGUAACACUGUAUGUGUUUUUAUAAAUACAAGUAGAAGAGAAGAGAUAUCCAAUGAAGACUGUAGAAGAUUAUAUAUACAUAUAUAAAUAAUAUAAAUUACUAAAAAUUGGGGAAUAAGGUUUAGAUCCCAAGGUAUAGACCAUCUAUAGGAAAUCGCUCUUUAGUGUGUUAGAUUGAAGGCUGCUGACUGCGGCCAAAAAAGUGACAUUUAAAACACAUUGUACAUUUGUAAAGUGCUCAAGGGUCAAACAAAAAGAGUACCAACUCUACAUAUAUCAUUGUGGUGAACAGUUGUGAGGUAGCAGUGAACUCUCACUUUUUCUUCGACCUAAGAAAUAUAAAUAUAUAAAUAAUUCCUCGAGGACUUCUAUGCAAUUAGAGUGUGAUUGUGCAGGAAUCCUGUGCAACAACUCGACCAGAAGCAUCGAGACAUCUGACAACGAGUAUAUAUAUAAAUAAAAACAGAUAAAAAGUUAAAACAAUUCAAAAUGGACAAGCGAUUAAAAUAAUAUUAAAAAAAAAAAACUCCAAGCCAAGUUCCUCUUCGCAAUUAUUUUCACUUCUUCAAGCUCCAAACUAUAAAUAUUGAGGAAGUUCAGAAUGAAAUGGAGACGACGGCUUUAUAUGCAGCGAAUAAAAUAAAGUAAAAUACACCCUCCCUCUUUAAUAUAGCAAUUUUUUUUCUCUCUUAAAAACAGAGAAAAUAAAUGAGUAUUAGCCAUUUUUAUAUAUACCUUUCGCCUUACGUAUAACUCAAAACUCAUCGAUGUUGCAAGUACUUGUAAAUAAUUUAAUCUUUAGGUGAUGGGGCCGAGUUGUUGGAAAGUAGAGUUGAGAUGUUCAAUAAAUUAAAUGAAUAGUCCAUAAAAUGCUUCAAUAAUAAUAAUAGAACCUGCUUAGAUUAGGUAAAUCUUAAUUUUAAAAAUCCACCAAUCUAAAAUAAAUCCCGAUUUAAGAUUUAGAAAGUUGUGUAAAUUCAAAUUUGAGUAAGAGCUAUAGUUUUUUAAUAUUCUGUCAUAAUUUUGAAAAAAAUAAAAUCUUACCAACGAAAACACAGUGCGCAUAUAUUACAUUAGCCUUAGGUAGGUUUUGUGCAUUAAUCGUAGCUAUUUUUCACAUAAUUGUGCUUGGGAAAAAUUUUUUCAAAUUUUAGAACUCAAAGUUAGUUUAGAUUUUGAUGUGUCACUUUAACAGCCACUUUAUUAGGAUUGAAAAAUUUAAAAAGUUAAAAAAAAGUACAUGAUAAUUUUGGUGCUCCGUAUUACAUUAAUAAUUUUUAAAGUCUUAAUUCAAUUAGAAAAAAGUGUUUUUAAGAGGAAACUAAGUGAGUGUUGUUUAGUUAAAUGUAAUUGUAUAAAAUUUCAGCUAUACUUGGAACAGUUUUUUAAAAAAACCUCCAAAAAAUAGAACAACCCUUCUAUGCAAUUAAUAUCAUUAUACACAAUUAGAUCACAUCAUUGUAUUUUGUACAAAAGUAUAAUUAUCAUCCGUCGAAAAAUGUGUCGUUCCUGUACAUAAAAGGUAAAAUCCUUAGCAAGAUUCUUUUUUGAGAUAUGUAUGAUUAAUAAAAUCCUUGAAAAGAUAUUUUGGUAGAAAGUCUUGAAAAAUUCGCAUAGUAUUUAAACGUGUUAUUUAAAAAUACUUCUAUGUAUAGCAACAAUAUUUCUAUAAAGGAAAUAUCAUAGCUAUUUCAACUAGUGAAAUGUAUUGCGGAUUAUAACUUACAACGCAAAGAAUGUGCGAAACUCAUUAGAUAUCGCAUAGCUUUUAUAGUCAUUUUUUGCGAGAAUGCUCUUUGAUAUUACAGAUAAUUUUCAAAUUUGUACGAAAUAAGCCAGUUCGUAAAGUAA